AUGCUGGCAGCUUGGCCACGCUGCUCUGUGGCCGCUCACGGAGAAAGCCUUGCUGGUCCACGUAAGAAGGUGCCCGCGCCAGACUCUGGCCCCGGACCGUCUGCAGCCGCAUGUACUUGUGUGGGCACGGUGGGGCUGGCUGUCCUGCGAGUGCUGCGGGUCCUGCGGCUGCCCGGCGCUCGCAGCCGCCUUCGCAACGAUUGCUUCCGCGUCCUCUGCGCACAAUCGGCAGCAUCGCAGGUGGACAUGUCUGCCGUCGCACAAAAUUUCUUCGAUGUUCCAUCAUUAAGGCCGGAGCAACGUGAGGUCGUCGAGGCGGCCGUCCAAGGGAAGGACACCUGCGUCUUCUGGUCGACGGGUACUGGCAAGUCGCUGUGCUUUCAGCUGGUUCCCAUCAUCACUCAGCGGACUGUGUUCGUGGUGAGCCCUCUGAUCGCCUUGAUGAAGGACCAGGUGCAGCGCUUCAACGAGCUCGCAGAGCAGAAAGGCGAGAGCUACCGUGCCUGCUUCCUCGGGUCAGGCCACGAAGACGUGGAGACACGACGGACCGUCGAGGCUGAUGCGCUGGAAGGAAAGUACAGCCUCGUUUACCUGACCCCGGAGAAGCUGGUGAGAUCGCUGUUUAACUUGAGGAGCAUGCACGAGCAGAGAAAACUUGGUUUGCUCGCAGUUGAUGAGGCGCACUGCAUUCUCGAGUGGGGCGGCGACUUCAGGCCAGAGUACAGAGAUCUUGAAUACUUCCGAGAAGAUUAUCCAGAUGUUCCGAUCAUGGCGCUGACUGCAUUGGGGACGCCAGCUGUCGAGGCUGACGUCAAGCAAUUUCUGCGCUUGCGAUCUGCCCAGGUUUCGAAGGGAACAUCAUUUAGACCCAACCUCCACCUGAAGCGCACGGUUUCCGUUUCCUUCUCCCAUGACCUCCAGCAAAUCGCAGAGGACAUCAAGAGUGCGAGUGGACGCACGAUCAUCUACGUGCACAAACGGGAUGAUGUCGACAAGGUGAGCAAGCAACUCAAGGAAUUGCUGCCCUCAUUGGGCGAGCCAGGGUUGCCUGUGACAGUCGGGUCCUACCAUGCCAGAAUCCAGCAGCGUCAACGCGACAAAGCCCAUCUCGAGUUCUCCAGCAUGGGAGGAGAUCGGGUGAUGGUCGCCACGGUGGCGUACGGCAUGGGUGUACACUUCCCGGAUGUCCGGCGGGUGUACCAUCUGGGCUCGCCGUGGACCGUAGAGAGCUAUCUGCAACAGAUUGGUCGAGCCGGUCGAGACGGGGAGCCGGCAAAGUGUGAAGUCAUCUCUGCAAGCCGGGACUUUGCCAGAGCCGUGUACGCACAGUCCUCUGACAGCGAGGAAUGGAAGAAGAAGUCCAUGGAGCAGAUGCGACAUCUACUGCAUGGACGCAGCUGCCGCUGGUUUGAACUGCUGCGCUACCUGGGCGAGGAGCCAGAGUUCGGCUCGCAUUGUGGCGUGUGUGACAUCUGUUUAGCUGCAGAAGGUGCAAAGGAUGCAAGCGAACGAGACCUCGCCAAAGAAGCGAUCGAGAUCCUUCAGCUUCUGAAGGAUUGUGCAAACAUUGGCUUUGAUCCGACUCUAAGCCAAUUGGUGACGAUGCUUUGCGGGAGAAUGCCCAAAGUGAAAGGCUCAGCAAAGAUCCUCGAGACGAGCAAUCUUGGUCUUGAAGAGAAAUUUCAUCGAUGUCAGGAAAUCACCGGACUCAGCACGAAGAUAAAGCUGAAACGCUAUUUGCAAGAGGUGGUGGAGACAUUGGCUGGCUCCGGGUAUCUGCGACGGCGCUCGAGGCGUUAUGGGGCAUUCUUUCGUGAGCGUACAUUCGAGGUCCUCGUCCAGACAGCCAAAGGGCAGGAUUUCAUUGAAGAAGUCUCCACGGGCAGUACUCCGCAGGUCAGCCUGCCAGUGAGCCUUGCAUGCAGUCAGCUGCUAGACGACGCCAUCAGCAGAGGGCGAGCUGCCGCACCUGCUGCACCUCGCCCCCGGCGGGAGCUCAAGAGUACGAAGGCCAAGAAGCGGUCGGCAUCGCGCCAACGGCAGCAAAAGGAGCAGUUAGUCGACGAAGUCGAGGAGCUCAAGACAUCCCGCCGUCCGCGGAAAAGUCUGAAGGACAAGAGGCCGAAGGCAUUGCGUCAGCAGCGCGAGGAGGAGAAGUUUGAUAAAAACCUCGAGAAGAUCAAGCUGUUUUUGUGGGCUCACAAUGGACAGAUGCCAAAAUCUGGUUCUGAAGAUGCCAUGGAGAGGUCCUGCUAUAACUGGAUCCGCCGCCAGUGGCGUGCCCUUCUUCAAGGGAAGCUUUGCGCGGACAGACUGCAGAAAUGCUUGAAUGCACCGUAUCUUCGAAGGCAUUGGGCAGCGCAGCUUCAACCAAAUCCUCGAACGACACAGAAGUCGCCUGUGCAGCCCCAACUUCCAGCAGCCCGAAUUCACAGGACUUAA